GGUAGGGAUAACCAGUGUCUUAAGAUGCAUUCCCUCAAGGCGGAUAUGACGUCAAAGAGAAGAUCGAUCUAUUUUUGAUGUAUGCUAAAAAUAAACAAGCCUCCGCCAGUGAGCUGGAAGACCCGUAUGAUACACGUGUUCCCGCUGUCACCAGAAGCAUAUAAAUACGCUAAUGAUAACAGGAAGAUUCAAAAGCUGAGAAGACGCAGCUGGAAAAGGGCGUAAACAUUCGGCAGCGAUAGUUGAAGUCUUCACGAAUAGUAAGGUAAGGACGACGGCACCUGCUGUGUGGAUAGGUGACGACUGGCGUGGGCGUGACAUUCCACUACCAUCGCAAGAAGGCAAGGUGAGAAUAUAAAAUCGCUGCAGCAUCUAGGCAAACCCGCGCCGAUAAACUUCGCAAGGUCCAGAAUCACAGCAACCUGUUGUGAUAAUCGAUCAAGAUUACGUGUGUUGUGUGAGCGGUUCUGGUCAGCCUUUAGCCGAACGGUACCCAGUGAGGGUUGGAUCCCGUUUAUCAGAUCUGCACAAGCGCGCAAGGCGGUUCCUCCCCUGCGUCUCAUAACCGCUUACCUGUCUUCACCUGGGACAAAAGUAAGUUCAGGCCAUUGGCGCUGCGGACGUGGUGCGGAAUAGUAAGUCAGACGUGCGGGAGAACCAACCCACGACCACUACAGAGGUACUGUGCUGUACUGGUGGAGUGCUACCACAGACGAGAAGACAUGGGAGACGCGGACGCCUGUGAGAUGGACUCGGAAGCUCCUCCCGAGUGGACCAAGGUCGUCGUCGCGGCGAUUUUAACCGUAAUCGCCCUGACGGGACUGCUAGGGAACGGUACCGUCAUUCGGACUGUUUGCGCCAACAAGAACAUGAGAAACAUCCCCAACGUCUUCAUCACGAGUCUCGCUAUCGGGGAUUUCCUCGUCAUGCUCACCUGCGUGCCGUUCACGGUGGCGAUGUACUUUCUACCGGAGUACGAGUUCGGGAGCGUGAUGUGCAAGUUGACGCCGUUCAUGCAGCUGACGUCCAUUGGUGUGUCCAUCUUCACACUGACGGCCAUGAGCCACGACCGGUAUCAGGCCAUCGUCAACACGAUGAACAUCCGGCGGAGCCACGCCCUGAGUCGCACCGUGGUGGCAGCCGUGGGCAUCUGGCUGGUCAGCAUGUCCCUCGGUAUCGCGGACGUUAUACACUCAGACGUUGUCACCUUCACGUCCCCAAAUAGCACCAAUCAGUCCUGGAUCACGAUAAAAAGUUGCAUGCCGAACCCUUUUGAGCUCACGCCCGUGUACCCGCGAGCGCAGACCAUCGGGCAGUUCGCGGUGCUCUACUGCGUGCCACUGAUGACCAUCGCGGCGUUCUACAUCCUCAUCGCCCGGCAUCUCCUCAUCACGUCCCGCAACAUCCCCGGCAGGAACAGCUCCGUGGCCAGGCAGAUGGAGACCAGGAAGAACGUGGCUAAAACCGUGCUGAUCCUCGUCUUGAUCUUCGCCCUAUGCUGGCUGCCCGUGCACGUUUUCAACCUCUGGCGCUGGUUCGCGCUGUACCCCUGCUACCCUCCUCCAGAUGUCCACUUCUAUGUCAUGGCGGUUUCCCAAAUUCUCAUGUACGCCAACUCCUGUGUCAACCCAUUCGCGCUCUGCCUCUCCAGCAAAAGUUUCCAAACCUACUUCCGUCGGUACCUUUGUUUUUGGUGUAGCGAAAGUGAGAAGGUAAAUUUCACAGUAACUACCGCAGGACCUGUUCGGAAACUGUACAGCGUGCCAGACAACUGCCGGCAGAUUCCCGGCUCCAUGGAACCAUUUCAAAUAUCCCCCUCUCCGUCUCAUCCAACACAAGUGACCAGAAACACUCAAUACAGUAACUCCAGACUCCAUACAAUGGCUGAUGAUGAGGUGUGCCAAAGUUCCAGAUACAACAUCGCACUGGAAUAACAAUGAACAAACUACACAAGCGAACCUCACAUAAGAUUCUUUCCAAGGCUAUAAACGCAUCCAUCUAAGUUAGUGGAGCAGAAUACGCGUAACAUCUUACGAAUUCCAUCCAAUCUUAUUCGCUAAACCUCUAUUUGCACGUGUAAGGAAGAAAGACUGAGAGAUUUAGCACCUAAUCAGAGGGUGUGUUUGAAAUAUAAAUCAUGUUAUCAUAGUUAAUGAACAGUUUCGAUGGUAUAUGUCCAUUGAGAUCCAUUGCGCCGAUGUAGAAAGCCAGGACACAUAUUCGGAACCCAGCGGACGCCAUGACUAUUGACACGAGAUGCAACAAGUCGCGAUCGUUUAUACAGAGAUGAACGGGACACAUACUGAACGACGAGUGAACUGUUAAUUGUGAAAACAAUACAGGAACUGUUACCUAUGGAUGAAGGUAUGUUGUGUAGUGUGAGACUUGUUUAGAUGACUGUAUAUAUAAAUUGUAGCUAUUCAAAGGUUUGGCCACCAGGCUCUUCAGAAUGGUGAUUCGAAUGGUUAUGUCAUUAUUGAAAUGUUUUACUUCUCUGCAAAGUCAUUACCGUUAAAAUUUCACAACCUUGACUACACCAAGUACUACAUUCUUUUCCUGCAUGAAAGAUUUUUCCACGGAUAUUUCUCCAUUCAAAGAACUGGACAAUUUCAUAAUAAAAAUGACAUUGCAUAUUCAUGUCCCGUUGGGACUAGAUCAUAGAUGUAGUAUGUUAGAUACAAAGAGAAUAGAAUGAAAAUAUACAAUGUUUUACUUCUCUCUAUGCUUGCUCUCUUGAUCU